UAAACAGGAGUCCUUUCCGGUUUCCUUCAAAGGCCCUGGCUGAAGAUAUUUGCCCCUGAGCCCAGUGGAGAUUGCAAUGGGCUGGGGAUGGUGGCAUGUUCUUGGGCAGGCCUGGCAUCACUCAAUCCUAUAAGACACCAGUGUCCUGAGUGAUACCUGGAUGGAGAUGGGGGCACACUGCCUUGCAAGGGAUCUCUAUGCCAGGCCUGCUGGACCUGAGUCUGUAUGUGUCAGGCUGGGUGCACAGAUGGCUGACUCAGCUGCUUCUGGGGAGGGAACUGGCUUUUGCCUCCUCCCCCCGCUCUCCCCAACUCUUUUUUUUUUUUAAAUUUAUUUAUUUUUAUUUUUGGCUGCGUUGGGUCUUUCUGCUGCGUGAGGGCUUUUCUCUAAUUGCGGCAAGCGGGGGCUACUCUUCGUUGCGGUGCGCGGGCUUCUCAUUGGGUGGCUUCUCUCGUUGCGGAGCAUGGGCUCUAGGCGCACGGGCUUCAGUAGUUGUGGCACGAGGGCUCAGUAGUUGUGGCUCGCGGGCUCUAGAGCGCAGGCUCAGUAGCUGUGGCUCACGGGCUUAGUUGCUCCGGCACAUGUGGGAUCUUCCCGGACCAGGGCUCGUACCCACGUCCCCUGCAUUGGCAGGCGGAUUCUUAACCACUGCGCCACCAGGGAAGCCCUCACCAGCUCUUUAACAGAGAGGAGACACAGUGGGGUGUCCAGAGAGGCCUCUCCUCCAGGACAUCAUAAACAGCAGGUCAAGAGCCAAGGUUAUAGCUCCCAUCCCUGCCUCCAGUAGAGAGAGAGUUUUCCCCACAGGUCCUGUCACUCCUUGGCCCUCCUCCAACAUAUUACAGAGCAGGGGCUGAAAAGGCUGGCUUUUGUAAGGAGUGAUCACAGGUCCCGCAGGCUGGAAAAAGUGGGUUUGGCCUCCUGCCCCCCCUCCCCCCGAGCCCGCACUCCCACCCGUGGACAGGCUAGGAAAGAUGGAAUCUCAGCCCUGAUCCUAGGGGUCAUCCCAGGAAACUAGAUCCAAAUGCUUCACUUCCUCCGAAGGCUAGACCUGCUGUUGGGGGGCUGUAGGGUGAAGAUGGGGUUCCGGCUAGGCACCCUAUCCAGAGGUACCUUGAGUGCGAGUGUGGGAGCUCGCCCCCUCCCCGGCUCCUUGGAGGUGGAGACAUCACGCACUGUCUGGGUGUAAGCUCAGAGAUCUGGCAUGGGGUGGAGGGAGGAAGGAAGAAGAGCCCUCCCCCCUCCAGCUCCCCCUCCCUUUCCAGGCCUGGAUAUAAGCCCCGCAGGGAAAGCCCCGAGCUGAGGAGGCCGCAGCCCGACCUGCAGCAGCCCAGCCCUUGGGACUCCUCUAGCCUUCCAUCUCCUGAUCAUCUCUGCCUCUGGAGCUGUCGCUAUGGUGACGGUGCGCAGGCCGUGGCCCGCCAUGGCCACAGUGCUGCUGGCCCUGCUCUUCUGCCUGGGGGCGCUGGUCGACGCCUACCCCCCCAGACCCGAGGCUCCCGGCGCACUCGCCUCGCCGGAGGAGCUGAAGCGCUAUUACCUCUCUCUGCGCCACUACCUCAACCUGGUCACUCGGCAGCGGUACGGGAAACGUGACAUCUCGGAAGUUCUCCUCUCCAAACUGCUCUUCCGCGAUCCCGAGGACCGACCCGUCAAGUCGCGGCCAGAAGGCGCCUACCUGUGGUGAAGACCCCCAAGGCCUCCAGAGAGAUACGCUGAUUCACCGACCUCAUUUGCAUGUUUGCUCCUGACCCCGGAACCUGGAUUCCUCUCCCGCUUGCUGCGUCUGGGGAGGGUUCAGGGUGGGGUCCUCAUUCCAUUUCUCGGUACCCCCGCCCCUGGGCUGGAGGGCUGUGUGUGGUCCUUCCUUGGUCCCUAAAUAAAGAGCAAAUUUC